GUCCGGGCGCGGAGCGGAGCGCAGCGGAGCUGCCGGCCCGGCCCGUCCGCUUCUGCCCUGCCGCCGGGCUCGGCCGGCUCCCUGCCGCGGCUCCACGCCCGGCGCCUGAGUUGUCCUCUUGUUGUUUCCCUUCUUUCUUUCUUUUAUUUCUCUUUUUUAAAUUUUAUUUUAUUUUAUUUUUUUUUCUCCAACCGGGAAUGCUCAAAGUGGACUGAUGGACAUUUCCGAGCUGUGCAUCUCUGACCCGCUCGGCUACCACAACCAGCUGCUCGGCAGAAUGGCCACGGAGGAGCGGCAUCUCUCCUCCAGCUGUGGGUCCUUCAUCAAAACCGAGCCCUCCAGCCCAUCAUCUGGCAUCGACGCCAUCAGCCACCACAGCCCAAGUGGCUCCUCUGACGCUAGCGGUGGCUACGGCAUUGCCAUGGGUGGCCACCCCAACGGCCUGGACUCACCACCCAUGUUCAAUGGCACAGGGAUUGGUGGUGGGUCCUGCCGUAAGCGAUACGAUGACUGCGCCAGUGCCAUCAUGGAGGAUUCACCCACCAAGUGCGAGUACAUGCUUAAUGCCAUCCCCAAGCGGCUGUGCCUGGUGUGCGGGGACAUUGCUUCUGGGUACCAUUACGGUGUGGCUUCCUGUGAGGCAUGCAAGGCCUUCUUCAAGAGGACUAUUCAAGGGAAUAUUGAAUACAGCUGCCCAGCCACCAAUGAAUGUGAGAUCACAAAACGGAGGCGCAAGUCCUGUCAAGCCUGUCGCUUCAUGAAAUGCCUCAAAGUGGGGAUGCUGAAAGAAGGUGUUCGUCUGGAUCGAGUCCGUGGAGGCCGCCAGAAAUACAAGAGAAGACUGGAUUCUGAGAGUAGCACUUAUUUGAGCUUACAGAUCCCUCCCCCAGCUAAAAAGCCACUGACUAAGAUCGUCUCCCACUUGCUGGUGGCAGAGCCAGAGAAGAUUUAUGCCAUGCCUGAUCCAACCAUGCCGGAGAGUGACAUCAAAGCCCUGACAACCCUCUGUGACCUGGCAGACAGGGAAUUGGUGGUGAUCAUUGGCUGGGCGAAGCACAUCCCAGGGUUCUCCAAUCUCUCCCUUGGGGACCAGAUGAGCCUCCUGCAGAGCGCCUGGAUGGAAAUCCUCAUCCUGGGCAUUGUGUACCGCUCCCUGCCAUACGAGGACAAGCUCGUCUAUGCUGAGGACUACAUCAUGGAUGAAGAACACUCUCGUCUGACAGGGCUGCUUGAGCUCUACCUGGCCAUCCUACAACUGGUGCGCCGCUACAAGAAGCUCAAGGUGGAAAAGGAAGAGUUUGUCACGCUUAAAGCUCUGGCCCUCGCCAAUUCAGACUCUAUGCACAUAGAGGACAUGGAUGCGGUGCAGAAGCUCCAGGACCUUCUCCACGAAGCCCUGCAGGACUACGAGCUGAGUCAGCGCAACGAGGAGCCCCGGCGAGCAGGGAAGCUGCUCCUGACCUUGCCCCUCCUGCGGCAGACAGCCGCCAAAGCUGUGCAGCACUUCUACAGCAUCAAACUGCAGGGCAAGGUUCCCAUGCAUAAACUCUUCCUAGAAAUGCUAGAGGCAAAGGUCUGACAGCCCCAGUGCCAGCCGACAAUGGCCGGGGAACAAACUAGAAACAAAGAUGCAGACAACGGAGCAAUCCAAACAGCAGCAGCAGCCACCGCCGGCUUUUAUCUCCAAUCAUUUAUUAUGGAAGAAUUAUUUAAUGUCUAUCUGUCGGCGUGACUGCAGAAUCUCAUGUACAGGAGGGGGAAAACUCUUUUAAUCAGUCACCUAUUUCUCUUUUUUUUCAUUUGUUUUCUCUGUGGAAAUACCAGAAUAUGCUCUUGCACUUGUUGAGGCGGUCGCUGGGGCUCAGCCCCUCUGAGCGAUGUUGCUCUCAGCACUGUGCCGGCCGCCUGGUCCCCAGCCCCCUCCACCAGUGCUGGAGAGGGAGUGGGGACUGAAGCAGGAAGAGACGAAGAAUAGAGUCAAUAUAAACUUUAUCUGCUUGUGGUGUGAGGGGUCAGAUAGAAAGGGAAGCAGCCAGGGUCCUUCAUUUUGUCACCUUUCUGGCUCUAACAAUAGGGCAGAUGCUGCUUUGGAGAAGAGCAGUCCUGGACCUCUCCUGAUCAAAAUGGCUGCCUCCCAGGCUCCUCUAGCGCCAGCUAACACUUGUACAUACAGGCCCCACUUCUUACCGGGAAAGAUGCUCCUAACUGUGUAAGAUACCCUGCGACCUUGUACAGCGUGUCAUUACGCCUGGCUAGUCCCUCCCGUGUGCAAUCCCCGCAGGACCCUGAAGAGGCAGGAUGUAUGGCCCUGAGAGAAUGCAAGUCUCCCAGGUAGUGAGAAAAACAGAUUCUGGUGUAAGCUUUUGUGCUGGGUUGACUUGAUAAUCUCCGCAUCCUUUCCUAUGUGGUGCUAACUACAAUUCUUCUGCACUUUUCGCCCUGUAGUAUAAAACCUGCCUCUUCAGUGCAGCUGAGUGCCAUUUCCCACUCGUUCCUUGUGGCAGAGAGCACAAGGCUUUGUCUGCAUGGUUACCACCCAAGUAUAAACACACCCCAAACCAGGGCUUGCCUAGACUUCAUUCAAGUAAUAGAUCUUUGCCUCCACAGAGACUUAGGCUUAUUGCCAAAUACUAGUUAGAAAUCAAAGGAACUGCUUUUUGGGGGAGACAGCUCCUGAGCCCAAGAGACUGCUUUUUUUUUUUCUUCGUUGUUUUUUUUUUUCUUCUUUUUUUGUGGCAGCCUAGGCAAAUAAGCUUAGAGGUUGGCGUGGAACCCCCAGAUCCAAUAUCCCAACUACUGUCUUCCCCUGCCUCAUCCCAUUAUCCUCAACAGAGCAAAAAAGGUAGCAUGGAUUAUCCCUGGACCUGGUAAGAGGUUCUCUCACUGAUGGAAGAAGAGAUAUAUCUGACCUCAAGGUGGUCAGAGAAGAAGUGGUGGAACGUUUGUUUACUCAUGUCACUAGGUUUCUACUGUGUCUGAGCCUUAGUUUAGCUCAGCUGGCUAAAUCACAACUGCUGCAUUCUCAGUAUUCAGAGGGGAUUUUGGGUGGCUUGAAAAAACUAGCUUGGCAUUCUGUGAGAUUUUAUUUUUUUGGACACUUUGAUCUGAGCCAGCCUGAGCUGGUGAGAGAAUGUAUUGUCUGUUUGGUAGUGAGUGGCAUGACAACAGAGCUGAGGAGAAGCCUCUGAUCUGUAUUUGAGACACCACUGCCUCUGCUGCCUCUUCUCAACCUAGGCUUACGUUCCUGGAUAACCCAGUGGUGUGACCUGCACAGGAAGCCUUCCAAACUGUGGAGUGUGAUCAGGGAGGUACUGGAUGCUUGUUUUCUACUGGAACUGAACAUGUAUCUCAGUGCAAAGCUCAGGCUAGCUCAGAAACUGGGGAAAUUUCGCUGCUACUAAGCUCUCAGCUCAUGUUGCUAGCCCUCUGCUGGUCCUUUAGUUAGUUCAGUUCCAUCUCCUCUGAGUUCUCCCAACACUAUACAGUCAUAGCUACUCACCCAUUCUGUACUCACCACAUAAAGGAAUUCAGUCCUGCUUCAGGCACAUUAGUAAGCCAGCAAAGACCCAGGAGUCAGAAGGCACACGGGAGCUGGGAUUGUUUCCACACUCAAAGCAGCAGCAAUUACACAGUGGCCUUGUGCUUGAACAGAUACCUGUGCUUCUUUUCACCUUCACCCUCCCAGAGCGAGCUGGGGAGAAAAACAAUAGCUUUUGGUUGCGCUUACAAUCUCUGUAUCUAUCUGUGAAUGAGAGGGACCAAACUGAAAUGCAAGCCUUCACUAGAGCCAGUUUGCAGCGUGUUGCAACCUGGCAACUCUUUCUGGCUGUGGCAUGAAUAUUCUCACACACUUGCUGUGCUGUGCUGUUGUCUCUAAGCAGGACUCACUUGACCACUGUUGCUUCUCUGCUGAGUCCCACUCAGCUGCAGCACACUGUGUUCCAGCCUGCCUCACAGCUGUCGCAAAGUGGGCUGAAAAGUUCCUAAGAAGCAAGUCUUACUCUGCUGGGCCCUGGCUGGGAAGGUUAUUUUAAAAAAGUUCCAGGGAAAUCUUCUCUAAGUAACCCUGCUUGAGCAGGGGGUUGGACCAGAGGACCUCAACCAUUCUGUGAGUGUGGAAAGACUCCUCCAGCUCUGUUGAAUUUGAACUUGGGCUUGCUUUUCAGAACAGAGGGGAAAAUAACCUAGAAAACAUGAUUGUAAAGGAGGGCUGCUGAGUUACCUUCUAGCUAACAGCGACUGCUGUCUAUUUAGAGUAUGGAGGCAACGGCUGCAUUGGCAGAACAAUAUAAAGAUACUAAAUUCAUUUUUUUCCUGGACUUUCUUUCUCCAUUACAGCUGCAUAAUCUUGGAGCCCAACUGGAUAUCGCCUCAUUGCUUGAAGGUAGUAGGCCUGGAAAUUUUGCUGGUUUGCUUCUGAAACAGGAUGGGAACUGAACCAGGCAGUAAUUAGCAUGUAUUUAUCUCUCUAUACCAGGGAUGCAAACUGUUUCCCAAGAAUGGGGACAGAAACACCUGCCUAGAUUUAACCCUUAAAAGGCUUAUACCAUCUUUAGUUGGGAAGCAGGGCAGGUCUCUUGGCCUUUCAGACAAGUGCAGGCUUCACGUGCAUCUCAUCCCUUUCCAGUUUCUCUGAUCUGCUGUGCCUCACUAGUACCAGCAUGCUGCCGCAAAAGAGGAGCAUGUCCAGCUACACAGCAGGUCAGGCUUGCAGAAAAGGGUGACGUCUUAGUGUAGUCCCCUCAGUAAAGUUUGACAUGGGAAAUGAGGCUUCAGCAACUGCUUAGGUCUUUGGAUUCCCAUAGGCUCUUACAAAGAGGUCUGGAGACGUGGAAUUCAGGCAUAAACUGGGAGGUGGGUUCUGGUCAGUGUUUCUUAUGCCAUUCAUUUGUAAUAUGGGGCUAACAGAGUCAGCUCCAUACAGCUGUCCUUUUGCGUGGGGCAAAAGAUGACAGAGUUUGGGCCUCAAUUUCUGUGACUUAAAGAAAAGAAAAGCUAAACUGUAGAGGUAAGUGUGUCGGUGACAGUGAAUAAGCAUGAAGCUGACAGGCAGCUAGUAUGGUAAAAGCAGCUCUAGCCCCCGAUAUACAUGUGCAGAUAACAGAAACCACGUACCUGUGAGCCACUGCGACAUGGCAGAUCUUCCCAAGUGACCAGUUCUUCUGUUUUGGGCACAUUCUUCUCCGGGAACAGCAGUCUCUGGCCUGUAUUGCAAAAUUAAUUUCAUGGGGAUCAAUUAAAGGAAAGGGUAAAACACUACACAAAAAUGAGGUUUCUGGGGAAACUCGGGCAUUACAUCUCGCUGCAAAACUGUGAAGUUACAGGAAAGUCCCCUGCAACAAUCAGAACCUCGCAGUACUGUUUGCACUAAGGGGGCAUUAUUUUUCUCUUUGUCAGCUGUCAUCUUUUUUUUUAAACAAUUAACAAAUUCACCAGAAACAUAUAAGCAGCUAUUAGAGGGGAAAAUCACUGAAGAAGACCCUAGAAUGUAACUUGUUGAGCUUUUAUUACCAAUUGGAGCUGAGAGAAAGUGCUUCCACUUUGUAUCCACAAGCUAUAAUCAAUUGUAUGGCCGAUUGUAUGUUCUUGUGGCUGGCUUAUAGAGGGAAGCUAAAGAGACAGAGGCUGUGAGAUUGAUGCAGGGAGUUAUAGACAGUGAAAUAAACAGUAUCUACUUAACUAUUAUCUGCUCCUUAAAAAAAGAAAGAAAGAAAAACCUGUGAAAUAAAUAAAUUGUAUUCUUGUGGUACAGGUCAUUUCAAACAAAACAAGAAAUAAAACACAGAAAUGUAAAAACUAA